AUGGCCAAGAUUGUGCCCAAACAGACGGUGAUGCUUACGGCAGGUCUUCUUCUCGGCGCUGGUUUCGAGACGACGUCGAGCCUGGUUGCCGUCACACUCUACCUAUUACAACGCAACUCGCACUGUCUAGAAAGAGUGACAAACGAGAUCCGCUCGUCAUUCAAAUCGCAGAAUGACAUCUCUUUCGCCGCGGUGGAUAACCUACCGUAUAUGGUUGCCUGUCUCAACGAGGCUCUUCGAUGGUACCCGCCUGUCGCAAGUGGUAUGCCGCGCCAGGUGAUGAAGGGAGGGACAAGUAUUGCGGGCGAGUUUGUCCCUGAAAGUACGAUUGUCUCUAUACACCACUGGGGAGUCUACCACUCCUCCGCCAACUUUGUCAAGCCCGACGAGUACCAUCCGGAGCGCUGGCUUGGGGAUCCGAGGUUCGCCUCAGACAAGCUCGAUAUUGUUCAGCCGUUUAUGGUUGGCCCACGGAAUUGCAUUGGCAAAAACCUGGCGAUUGCUGAGAUGCGCACCAUUCUCGCACUAUUGCUGUUUAACUUUGACUUCAAGAUGCCCCCCGAGUAUAUCGGUUGGGCUGAGAAGCAAAGGUUCUACAAUCUUUGGGACAGAGGGCCUCUCGAAAUGUACGUCGCCCCUGUUCAGAGGUGA